AUGCCUGGAGAUGGAGAUGAAGUACCGCGUCUUCUUCGAGAUCGUCAUAUAAAAGCUGUUAGAGAUAAAUUUCAUCGCCCACCAACAGUCAAUGAACUACGGGCUAUCGAUGCACUUCCACUUGAGCCUCGAAAGAACCUUAACGACACCUCUCCAAAUGGUCAAAGAAUCUAUGAAUUGUUGAGAGCAUAUGAGAAGACUGGCUAUGUUGAAGGGCUUGAAGAAGCUGGGAGACUACUCUGGGCGCAGAUAUUUGCAGAACCAGAUUUCAGCCAAGCACCUAGAAGGGAACCAUUUUCAGCCGUCAGGAAUAUUGCGGCAUGUGGGAUCAGUGAAGUUAAAUACAGGGCCAGUCAACAUCCUACAAGAACACCGAAAGAAAAGCCCUUACAAUGGACGUCUGCAGAGAAAGUGAUUUCCAUCAAUGCUACGUCAAAUGCUUUUGCUGGAUCUCCUCAGAAACCUUGGAUGACAAGGGGUGUUUCGAUAUCACCAACUCCUCGACGUGCUAGUAUCUCAUCAGUUCAAAAUGACAAUAACAACAAGCCUGCUAGUAAUCACUUCCAAUCUCCCGAUGCACAAUUAGCCUCAUUACGAUUUGCACAAUCUGGUCAGCAAACUAAUAAUCGCACAUCUACAUUUACCACCCCAGUUCCUGGAGGUCCACCACACACCUCUAGUGGAGCCAUAUUCAAUCCAAGCCUCUACAAACUCUAUGCCGUAUGUCCCGGAAAGAGGAGAACCAGCACGGGAUAUAAUGUCCUGUGCCAAUGUCCCUUCAAAUAUUGUGGUGAAUCAAGAGUCCCAGUACAGCCACCAAUUUUCCAUUCUAAUUACACUCCAAAUUGGAAGAGUGAAUCGACAGAUUGUAAUACAUCAAUGGGAAAUCCUCUUCAUGCCCAUGCGUCUCAUCAAUCAUAUCCCUCCGCUACCUUGGAAACAAAUCGGUUCGGCCAAACUACGUUCUCAGACUCAACUCGUCAACACGCCCCUUGGGGACAUCCAACUUCCAUAAUGUCGUCUCCUGGAAAUUAUUCUGAAUAUUCCCCUCUUCCUUCCACAAACAAACCCCUUCUACAGCCAUUAAAUGAAGAAGGCUACCAAGAUAGACAGAUCGCAAGCUCAACUGGCAAUACAUAUGAUCCUACAAGUCCUCCCUUUCAUCCAGCCAUAUCGUCUGAGGGACAACAACUCUUUCUCCUACGCAAAGAAGAAGAGGAAACAGAGCUUACUCGCAUAACCUCGAAUAUCCACCACUCGUUAUCAACACUACCUGAUAAUCAGGGAGAUCAACAAAAUGAAUCGAGCUUGACACCAGUUGCUGCAAAUGCCUCAACAAGCACAUCGAAAACUGGCCAUAGAACCCAACUUGCUACACCAAACGCUUCUGUGCAGCAAAGUCCUUCGUCUGUUACUUCUGCUGUAGCACCAGGCCAUUUGAGUAACAAUCCUUUUGUCAUUCGUGACGAUAUGGGGUUUAUACCAUUAAGUUCACAAGACUUUACAGAUCAAGACAUGAACUUCGCUCUAAACAAUCCUCUGCCAAUGAGUUCCAGAAGAAUCACCAGAUCUAUCUCUAGCUCCACCAACACACCAAUUCUGCCUUCACCCAAAACCAUAAAUGGCAGAACUACCUUUUCAGAUGCGGCCAGUCCUCAGUCUGGAAUGUUGAUUCCCGAAAACCCACUACCCGGUACAAUCUUCAGCACUAGAGCCCAAAAUGUCCUCUCGGCUCACAUUGCCAAGAAGAAUAGCACAAAAAAACCAUUCUUUCCUACAGCUCCAGUUUCCGCUCAAGCAGAUGGAGCAUCAGAUUCUGCAUCAAAUAUCGGCGUUCUAGCACAUUACAUUCCAGAAUUACCACCGCAGCAAGAACUAUCCUACUCGAGCGCCUCCCCAAACUUCUCCCUCGAAUUCAUCCACUUCGACCCCACGAAAGAUUACGACAAUGACGACAAUGCGUACACAGAGAAUCCGAUCUCUGUCUCCCGGGCCUCAGUCUCCUAUCCCACUCAGCCCCCACACAGCCUCUUUCAUCCCACCCCAACCCGUUCUUCACCCCCACCACCCCAUCUCCGUCCCCACACCCCAGAGUAUCUCCUCUUCCCACCCACCGCCGCCUCAUCCUCCAAGCAAACCUGGCCACCACCUCCCCCCGAAAUCGAAGGCUACCGUCAAUACACCUUCGUCCGAGACCGCAUCUCCCUCAACAUGAAAGCCAAGCGUCGCACUGAAAUCGAUCUCGAUACAGGAGAGUAUCGAUAUAGCAUGGAUAGUAAGGAGACGAGUCGGGGAUAUAAGAUGGAUGGGACACGUGUCCGCACUAGUUCGCGAUAUUUUCAUAAGAAGAGGAUUGCGAAGAAAUCGAAGGAAAAGGAGGAGGAAGAGAGAGUGGAUGAGAUUGUGAGGAAGGUGGAGAGUGUGGAGAAGGGGGUUGAGGAGAUGAGGAGGGAAGAAGGAGAUGCGUUGUUGGGGUUGUUGGGUGGUGGGUUCUUGCCUUUGUGA